UACAUUCGUCCUCUACAAAUAAAUAAAAAUCAGAGAAGAAUACAGGGAGAUGGAAGACGUGGGCGGAGCUUGGUUACGUGCAGCCACGCCCAUGGAGAUGAUGUUCGAAACUGCGCACCAAAAAGGGACGUUGCUCAUUUGUUACCAUGUAAUUCUCAACUCGUCCGUUCGUCUCCAAGAGGAACAUGUUCGAACUGCACUUCAACACCUUCAUUGGAAGGUGCCAAAUCUACGUCUGUGUUUCGGUGUUCGAGACGGUGAAAUGUGGCUUCGUUAUAGGUCUUCCAGUGAUGUUGAUUUUGAAGUCGUGAGUACCGGUGACGUGCAGUCGACGAUGGAGCAUCUGCGAACGUACAAAUAUAAUUCGACCGCCGGCCCUCUGUGGUGUGCGAGGCUCCUGCGUGGAGUUGAACACCCCGAUGGAGGUUUAGAUUCGAGUUCUAGCCCUCCUUUCGUUUCGCAUUUGUUUUUAGGAUAUCAUCAUGGGAUCGUGGACGGCGUUACGACGAUGAAGGUGUGCGGAUGCCUCGUGAAGCUGCUUGGUGACGUCAUCAGUGGACAGCCAAUCAGCGACGAGGAGCAGAUCGGAGAGCUCGUGUCCGCGGAGGAAACGGAGAAACUCGUACAGGCUAAGAAAUUAAGGAUCGAGACAGAUCACGAAUAUAGAGAAACAUUAAUUAGGGAAGCUAAAUCGAAAUGCUCUCAUCCUAGACUUCUUCGGCGUCUCUACCAGGCACCAGAGGGCACAGAAGAUAGGUCAGCACAGGUCGUCCGCCACCUCGACGUUGCCACCACCGAGAAAUUCGUCAACAAAUGCCGCGCAGAGGGUCUGACGGUCCACUCGGCCUUCACAGCUCUGGCAAACGUGGCACUCGUCGACCUGCUCACGAGGAAGGGCGUGAUUCAAGACUCAUACACGAUCUGCAGCGCCCACACCACGAACCUCCGCCGUUACUGGCCUGGAGACACGACCCGGGCUCUCGGCUGCCACAUAGCGCCGACUUACCUCCACGUCGAAACCCCCAGGAACGCGUGUGAUGGAUUCUGGAUUACGCUCGGAGGCUCCACCUGAAUCUC